GUUGACCUUUUGACUCGCUGGUCCCCAACUCUCCCUCAAAAUCUCGCCAUGAGCUCGACCCACCUUGCCGGCGCCGGCGUCGCGUCGCCCUCGGCGACGGGCGGUCACCACACCGACCGCUUCUUCAGGGCGCUGGCGGUCGCCUCCCUCUACAUCCUCGUCCGCCGGUGGCGCGCCGGCAGGGUCGGCCUCGCCGAGCGGCCGGCGCCGGCGGAGAUCGCCGCCGCGGCUGUGCUCUGCGCCUCCGUGGCGUGGCUGUACGUGCUCCCCGCCCUGGGCCUCCGCCGGAGCUCGCACCGACGUCGGCACCAAGAUUAGUUGACCAGAGAUUGCUGUCCCGUUGCUGGCCAUCUUAUGACUGAUAAGAUGGACACCAGGAUCUCUGAACUUAAGGAUUGGCCUGCACCAGCUUAUUGGUUUGUUGGUAACACCUUGCAGUCUCAUGACUACCCGCGACUGCGUGGCUGAUUGUGAUCUUAAAUUAUGUCAGAACGCAUGACUGUAAAGGGAUCGCAAUUUUUUUUUUCUGCUUAUGUAAUUUAGCAUGAGCUUAUCUGGCUUGCAGUUCGAAAA